UUCGCUGUGUGCGCUGGUAUACUAUAGCGGAAAAGUAGGACUUAGAGCGCCCAUGGUGGCCGGAAUUUGCAUUAUUUGCUGGAGUUUUCUAAUACAUCGUAAUGGAAAAAUUGCGGAAAGGAAAUUUAAAUUGUUGCGUGAACACGUGUAAGAAUGUAUUUCACAAUACAAGUUCAGAAAUAAAAUUUUAUUCCUUUCCAAAAGCGAUUUAUAAAAUUGAGCAGCGAAAAAUGUGGAUACGUUGGGUACAAAAAAUAAACUUACAUGAUUGGCAACCAACAAAAUAUUCACGAAUUUGCAGUGCACACUUCGUGGGGAAUUGUUCAUCUUCAAUACAAUCAAGUCCGAGUUACGUUCCGAGCAUUUCGUCAAAAAAAAAUCAUGAAUUAAGUUCUACCGAGAAAUCUUCAAUUCAACGAUUCAACAGACAUAUGCGUCGAAGAAUAUGCAAUACAUUGUGUGUCAAGGACAAUGUAAAGAAAGUUGAUGCUGGACAAAAUACUUUAGAGGAACCGCAAGAGCAGUCUUGUUAUUUUGAUAAAUUAAUCGAGGCCCCUGCACCAUCAUUCAAAAUUAACCAGGAGGUUCAGGUUUCAAUGUUUGAAACUACUGUGGAUUGUAAAAAACUCUAUGAAAGAACAGAGAUGUUUAUAUGCACUCAAUAUGUGCAUAAUGAGAUUUGCCAUGCACAAACUCAAGUAUAUAUACCUGAAGAUCGUGGCUUACAAAUUGUUAAAAGAAGGCAUAUGAUAGACAAGUGUUGCGGUUCUAAUAUUGUUCAGAUCGACAAAGCGAUUGGUCCUGAUACUUCUAAUUUGAAAAAUUCAAUAGUGUGUACAACAGGUUUUCAUGGCAUAUUGUCAAUAACAAAGGACCAAGAAAUGCUUGAUCUUGGCGGUGUCACCUUAUCCACUUUUCAAUUGCUGCUCAAAUUAUUACCCGAUAUCAAACCGAAGAAGAUUUCUACAAAAAAUCGGCUUCUUAUAUUUCUCUUAAAGAUGAAAACUGGAAUGUCAUUCUCAGCCAUAGGAGUUUUAUUUUGCAUUCAUAGAACAACUACCUCUCGUAUCUUUUAUACUACUUUGCAAUUAUUAAGAGUUGCUUGUAGUCGAUUCAUUUUCUGGCCUUGUCGAGAAGUAGUUCAAAAUACUUUGCCCGAAGUUUUCAAAACAUCGUACAAGGAUUGCAGAGUAAUUAUCGAUUGUACCGAAAUAAAGGUGGAACAACCAAAUACUGUAGAAAAUCGGGUGUACCUGUAUUCGCAUUAUAAAAAAGGCUUUACAGUAAAAAUUUUGGUUGGAUGCACUCCGAGUGGUUUAAUUUCAUUUAUCUCGAAUUGUUAUGGAGGACGAACUAGUGACAGUCAAAUCACUAUUAAUUCAGGGAUAUUAGACUUGCUCGAGCCUGGUGAUGUUGUCCUCGCGGAUAAAGGUUUUCCUGGAAUUCAAACUGUUAUUGAUGAAAAUGGAAAAGGAGCUCUAAUUGUUAUGCCGCCAUUCUUACGCGAUCCACAGUUUUCAGCUGAAGAUGUAGAGAGAACGUAUAAAGUCGCGAAAGUGAGAAUUCACAUCGAAAGAAUUAUGCAAAGAUUGAGAAUUUACAAAAUUUUGGAUAAAUUUUCAAUCGAUAUGCUUCCUCAUGCCGAUAAUAUUGUAUUCAUGUGUGGCGUCCUUGUGAACGUGCAGCCACCGAUUAUUAAAAACGGAGAUGUAGAUGAAACAGAGAUCGCAAAGGUAGACUAGAAUAGAAUAAAGAGCUCGGUAUAUGAUAUGUUCAGUAUACAAAUAAAUAUCCAAAUACUUGUAUACAA